UUUAAAGCCCAUUUCAUAAGGGAGUAACAGGAGAGUCAGACAGACAUAAAGAGAAAGAGGGCGAGAGAGCAGGAGGGGAUAGAAAUCGUGCAGACAGGGUGUGUGUGGAUUGGCAGCAGCACAGGCUACAGAUGGCUGAAGAGGUUGGAACUGAACCCAGUGCAAGCCCACCCACUAUUGCUGUGCUCAUCACCUCUUUAUGAAGCAGCCAGCUGCCAAACCUCUGACAUCCAUCUGAAACAUUCCACAAUAACUCCAAGACACAUCAGACCAUCUACACACCUACUCUCCCUUCUAUCGACAAUGGCUGGCCUGUGCAUAAAGUACAGCACUGGCCUCAUUGAUCUUCAGUUAAUACCCAAUAUGGCAGAGAGCACAAACAUGGACGAGCUCCUGCAGUCCUUUAAGAAGUUUGCAAUCCAUGGUGACACCAAAGCCACCGGGAAGGAGAUGAAUGGGAAAAACUGGGCUAAACUGUGCAAAGACUGCAAAGUUAUUGAUGGCAAGACCGUCACCGGCACCGAUGUAGAUAUCGUCUUUACCAAAGUGAAAGCGAAGACAUCUCGAGUCAUAACAUACGAGGAGUUCCAGAAAGCUCUAGAACAACUGGCUCCAAAGAGGUUCAAAGGUCAAAGCAAAGAAGAGGCACUACAGUCCAUAUAUAAGUUAAUUGAAGGCAAAGAACCCACCAAUGUUGGUGUGACGAAAGUGGCAAAAACCGCCGCAGUGGACAGAUUAACCGACACAUCUAAAUAUACCGGCUCUCACAAGGAGCGCUUCGAUGAGAGCGGGAAAGGUAAAGGGAAAGGUGGUAGGGAGGAGCUUGUUGAGCACACGGGAUAUGUAGCGGCCUAUAAGAAUGCUGGAUCUUAUGAAGAGAAGACGAAGGCCAAGUAAGGCCUCUUCUAAUACUCUUCUAAGCUCAGAGCUCCGUCUUCAUCAGCACUUAGGUCUGGACCAAAGCCAAACUUGAACUUUGAACUGUGAUUUACACAGCCACCAAGAAGAGUGAUACUGUGACACACAGGUAUUGUUUGUCUUUAAAGAACAUGGUUAGUUUUCUUGAGAUGUUUGUCAGAAGGAUUUUUCUCAUAAAAAUCUCAAAGUGCAAGCAUUAAAUCAGCUUCAGGAAAUGUGCAUCUUAACAUCACACUGUUUCAGAAGAGAAGAAACAAUUUUCCUAUAACACACAUAUGGAAGCUCUUUAUUCAUCGCUACAUUUUCACAUGAAUGGGCUAUAUUCACGCAUUACUUCCGCGUUUCACAGAAAGAACCCACAGCAGUUUCCGGUUGGGGUGACUUAAAGCAGAGAGAAAUGGGAAACUGAGAAAAUAGUUAAGAUAUAUAGAAGUGCUGUUUUACAGUAUUUUAAAUGAUACUUUCAUAAGUUUACAUGUUGUAACAUUCAAAUAAGGUAGAACACCACUUCUACGCUUCUUUCAAAGUCCGUUUACGGAAGUCGUGCCACUCGGCGGCCAUGUUUAUAACGCCUCUGGGUAGCUAUUUACGUCAUAGCAAGUCCACAGUCCCUUACUUGAAUGGGGCAAGGCAUAUAUUUCUAAAAUCGCUGGCAAAAAUCACAACUAAACAGCAUAUUUCCGAACAAUAAUUAAACAUGACAUGAGUUGUAUCAUUGGUUUGCUAAGCUUACAUUGCGCUAAAAAUCAACUUUUCGAGGUCGCCUCAUCUACUGCGUCUGCGCAAAGGCUGGCAAGCGCCUCACGAGAGCCCCGCCCCAGAAAAUCGUCUGUCUUUAGUUAUUGACGAUUGGCUCGUUUUACUGGAAGGCGGGACUUCCUUCACUCGAGCCAUUUUGAGCGUUGCAUUCCUCGCCAUUCUUUGUAAUGGCAGUGGCGAAUCUGGUUAAUAUUAAUAUCUUUGCUUCUAUAUACCACUGCGGUGUGGUGCAAUGUACAGCAUCUGCUAAAUGUAACUAUUUUACCAUCUCUCUCUGCUUUAAGUCUCCCCAAGCGGAAACUGCUGCGGGUUCUUCCUGUGAAACGAAUGCAUAUAGCCCAUUCAGCUAGAAGUUACAUAACAGAAAAAUUAUUCUAACAGGAUGUAGAUUUAUGUUUGUCUUCUCUCUGUGUCCUUCUGUUGUUUGCCAAAAUUACGUUCAGGAUUUCAGUGUCGUAUCUUUUUUCUAUUUUAGUUAGUCUACUGUGUUAAUGAAACUGGAACUUGCAUUUACAUGAUUUUGCAUAAACUGUUACUAAAUAUCCUUUCGUGUAUUUUAUGUUUUGUUUAUUUUAAAUAACAAAUAAACAUUCGUUUUCUAAAUAUUUUUAGCAGCUGCGUCCCAAAUCGCGCACUUAUGCACAUUUCUAUGCCAUUUUGUAGUAUAAAUAGUGUGAGUUGUGCUUGAAAAUAGGCUACUCAAAAAAGAAGUGCACUUGAAAAACCCGGAUGAUGCACUUUUCAAACGAAAUAUGAAGUGUGGAACUGUGGACACUUCACGCACUCAAAGGUGGCAGUUUCGCUUACGUAGCGGAAGGGAGGCGGGGCUAUCGGCAGAGCUCGAGCAAAACUGCAGAGUGAUGAAACGUAUUAAUCUGAUGAUGACUAAAGUAAUGCUGGGCAAAACAGAUGAAAACUACAUUAAAUGUACAAUGCACAAAGUACACACGCAUUGUGCCGUGCGAUUGACGCCAUUUGCGCUCGUCUGGGAAACCGAUAUAUUUUCGGUAAGUAUAAAACCGUUUAGUAGCCUAUUACAUUUGGGACGAUACUACCCUUCUAAAUUUCAUACACUACAUCGUUGAGUGCAUAGUAUGUCAUUUGGGACACAGCUAUUGAUCUGGUUAUGUAAAAACAGUGCUACAGAAAUUAUUUUUGGUCUCUAUAGUUUUUCAGCAUCCAGGUCUAAAAAUGGUCUUUGUAUUUAAAUUCUCAGUACUGUACCCGACUUCUUAAACUAAAUUCAACAGGGUGACCAUAUUUUGUCCACAAUACUAAUAUUACUAAAGCUCGUGUUACUUGUCACUGUCUUCGUUAAAAAAAUAAAGUAUACUUUACACAUUUUGCUUUCAA